AUGCUGUCGCUUUUCUUCAAAAAAACGUUGAACAACGAGCAGGACAGACAUUUGUACGAAUUCUUCAAGGUACAUUCUCAGGAAAUCAUGAAACACUAACAUUUUUUAACGUUUUCAGGGUUUCCCGCAGAAAUACGAGUACGACGUCGCCGAUGUCGAUCUGAAGUUCUCCGUCUACCUUGGAAGAGAUGAGGGAGCCGAGGAAAUUGUUCACAUUCUGGUAAAAUUUGAAAAAUGUUUCCCUGUUGCAAUUGCUAGCUAAUCCCCUUGAACGACAGCUUAUUUUCUCUAUUUCCAUCACUGAAAUUGAAAACAAAUCGUAUUCUUUCAGAGACAACAAAAAUUCGAAUUCGGCUACCAAAUUCAUCACGGCAAGUCGUUUUUCUGCGACGAAUUUCUCAAAUACGACGAGGAUCCGAUGAGUCCGGAGGGAAAUCCAUCGGAAAACGAGGAACGCCCCGAAAACCACGAAAAUUUGGCUCAAAAUGCGGGAGAACCGGCAGAAAUGGGCGAAUUCGCCGCGCCGCCACUGCUUUCUCCGAUCUCGGCGCAAGGAGACGUCAAACCGAGUGUGGUCAGGCAAUUUGCAGGUGAGAACUGAUUUUUACCUAAAAAAAAACGCGAAAAAUUCCAGCUCCCUUCUCGCCGUCGACCUACGUGACAUUUGAUCAAAUGACCGAUUUCAACGCGAGAAAUACAAACAGAAUAGUAAAUUUGGCUUAAAAUUCGGAUGAAACCGCAAUUUUUUGCAGAUCGAGGCUCUGGAGACCAGGUUUUCGCAGAACGUCACUUCUCCCGGAACUCCAGUGAGUGCUGGCCAAGUUUCGGCGAAUUCGACAAUGAAUUCGACUGAAAAUGUGCCAAAUUCGAUAGAAUUCACGGCCAAAGUGAGAAAUUUGAUUUUGGACAUCGUUUUUGCAAACAUUAUUCCAGAAUGAGCUGAUUGCGAACGGAAUUCGCUGCGAAAAGUGCAGUAUUGUCGUGAAGGGAAUAUCGCCCAUCUCGAAAUUGAUUAUGGCCGUCCGAGACCAUGUCAUCGCUCACUUCGACGAGAAAUAUCCGCUUUUGAAGAGGUCUUUCAAUUUUUCUGCAAUUUGUGAGCUUUAUCGACGCAUUUUUCCGCAGAUUCGAGUGCCGAGAAUGCGGUAAUGCGGUCCGCACGAAUUUUGUCGACGAUUUUGAGAAUCAUCUCAAAAAACACGGAUCGAUGAUGUCGAUGGCUGAAAAAAGACAGAAAUUGACGUCCUGUCUGUUGUGAGUUUGAAAAAAUCGAAAAGAAAUUGAACUCGAUUUUCCAGAACCGAAACUCAUUUGAAGCACAUUUGUGCGCUGAGCAACGCGUGUUUUCCGGAAGUUUUCGAAAAAACUGCACCCGCCAUCAAUACUAUUGUCAGUUUUGCGGUUUUUCGCAUUUUUUCAAUGCUUGUUAGUGCUCGAAAGAAUUGCAUUUUGGCAAACGUGGCCUAAGAUUUUCCGUUGGAGUUUUCUAGGCCACGUUUGCCAAAAUGCCAUUUUUUCUCGCUAAAAAUCUGUAAUUUUCAGCUGGCCUCAGACACGCCCGCAAAAGCGAAAGUAUCGGUGUUUCCGCGUCUCAACCGUCAUUUCUGCUUUCUUCAUCACAUUCCCAACUCGUGCAGCUCACGUUCCUCUCUUCCAGUUCCCCUCAUUCAAAUAAGCUGAUUUUGUCGCUAUUUUUUUUACCACAAUGUCAUGCACCGAUUUCUAAUGUACCCGCAAUCCAUUCUUUUUUACCCAGAAAGUUUUCGAUCCGUUUUAUGCGAAUAAUAAAUGUAAUGUAACCGAUAUAUUUCUCGAGUCUUUGUAUUCUUGUUACUCUUUUCAAUCACUUAUUUUCGAACGUUUAAAGAUCAAAUUUCAUUCAUUUAAAAGAUGUCAAAGAUUGUAGUGUUUUAAAUGCUUUACAUGUUGAACAAAUUCCGAAGCAGUAAAAAAAUUGUUCAACUUUUCAUAGUUUUUAAGAACAAAAUCGUUUUCAAAGUGCAAACUACGGUCUCGAAAUGAUUGUUCCAGAAUGGAAUCGCUCCAAAACGGCUAUCAACGGGCGCGUUGGGCACUGCGUAAAUGGCUCAAUUUUCCGUCGACUACGAUUGCUCCGGUGCUGUGGCUCCGACCGAAACUCGGAGCCGCCCACGCGCCAAGCGCCCACCUCCGCGCCCGACUUUCCGCCGAAGAAAACCGAAAAAUCGAUAAAAUCUGGGCCGAGCUUCUCCUAAUCUCGCGUCUAACCACCCGAUUUCCGGACAAAAUGGGCGACCCGGAAUGGCGAGUGAUGCUGAAAUUGACGAGCCGCAAACAGCGCCUCGACCAGUGUCAUUUCGAGUAUAAAAAAGAGAAAUUGGCGGCCGAAGACGUGCGGCUCCGCGCGGAAAAACAGGCGGAACGCCGCGCCGACGCCCAAACGGCCGAGCAAAAUCGCCGGAAAUUUGGCGGUUUUUUGCUCGCAAACCCCAGUUUGAAUUGUGAAAAGUGGCUCAAAAAUCGAACCGUCAUCCAUCAAUUUCGUCUCGAGACCCAACCGAUUCUGGCAGUGGAUUGUCAAUUUUUGGAGCAUCUGAGCCAUCGCGGACGAGCCCUCACAGCCAUGCAAUUACAGUAUUUGGCGGUGCAAAAUCGCGAAAAAACCGAUCCGUUUCGGCUGUUUUUCGUCAAUUUUCAUUCAAGUUCGCCCGAGAUUCGAGAGCUGGAACGCACGAAAUUGUCGUUUUUGCGGCAGCAGGCAGGGCUGAAUCCGGUCCUUUCGGACCAGGGACUGAGAGAGACUUUUCAGGUGGGUGGGCGAAUUUUUUUCAGCUGAUUUGUAGGGCUGGGCAACUUUUGACCCACUUGUAUGGAUCCGAUCGGGUCCAAACUUUGCAGACUUCUUGGACAUGAAUUGGAGUAUGUUGGGACCAAGUUUCAGACCGAUCGGAUCAUCCGGUCCCGAGGGGACGCAGUUUUCGCAAAAACCCGGCCUUUUCGGCAUCUGAUCCACAUAUCUUGGGACCAGAUGAUCGGAUCCGUCUGAAAAUUGGACCCAACAUAUUUCCAUCCAAGUCCAAGAAGACUGCAAAGUUUGGGCCCGAUCGGAUCAUUGCAAGUGGAAAGCCUUCGAAAAGCCUGUGCCGGCCUUUUGCCCAAUCCUUGAAAGCGUGAAAAAACGUCGUUUUUUUUCUAGUAUUUUCUUUCAGGGAAAAGAGGUGAUUUAUCUGUCGCCGGAUGCUGAGGAAGAGCUCGAGACGGUCGAUGACAAUAAAGUGUACGUGCUCGGCGGCAUCGUCGACCGAGUGCCCGAGCCGGGAAUCGCCCGCCGCGCCUCCCUCGAAGCCGCCCACGCACAAGGGGUCUCGGCACGAAAACUGCCCAUCGAUCGAUACGUUCAAUUCCGGUCGGGGACCAAGUUUUUGACACUUCUCGCCGUCGCCGACAUUCUUAGAGAGGUUGCGUAUCGUAAUUUCCGCACUGAAAAAUCGAUAUUUUGUGUAGGUGAACGAGUCGGGAAACUGGAAAAAGGCGAUGGAAACGGCGAUUCCGGUACGGAAUGUGCGCGCGCCGGAGCACAAAAAUCCGAACGCAAAAGCGGCGAUGAGCAGAAUUCACGAGUUUAACCGCGAGAUUUUGAGACGCGUCGAACGCGUUUUGGGCAAGGACGAGGCGCAAAAAUGGUGAGAAUUUUCUGCUUUUGUUCCCUCAAAAAAUAAAGUUUUUAGGCCAGAAACAGGAGAAAAUGAUAAAGUGGUCGAGGAGAAAAAGAAGAAGAGGUGAGACGACUGACACAUUUUUUUUGUUGAAUUUGUUCUUGUUAUUAUCUAUAUAUAAAAUAAAUUAUUCGUUUUUCUUCCGAUCGCCUUUCGAUUUUGCAUGAUUUGUUUCAAAGUUCUGUGUGAAAAUCUAUACAUCUAAACGCUCUUUAUUUUUGCUGGAAUGUCUGUUUAGGAAACGCGAAAAGCCAAAUUUUUCUAUGAAAAACGAGGAUUUGGAACGAUUGGCUCGAGAUUUGAGCGCCAAACAUUUUUGGCUCAAAACGGAAUGGCUGAAGACGUGUGUGGAGUAUCUGGAGCAGUAUUUGGGCAAGGUUUGUGAAAGAAAUUUGGGCUUUUGACCCACUUGCAAAGAUCCGAUCGGGCCCUAACUUUGCAGGCUUCUUGUACUUAGAUGGGAGUAUGUUGGGUCCAAGUUUGAGACCGAUCCGAUCAUGCGGUCCCGAGAUAUGUGGAUCAGAGCCUCUGAAGAACACGGAAGAAUUUUUAUCUUUUUUAGAAAAUUUUUUCAUAGAAUGUGAUCAACUGACGAAAUGUAUAGCAAAGUGAACUCUGCGCAUAGAAAAAUAAUUGUAAAUUUAGCUUUUCAUACAAAAAAGUUAGGCGAGUUGUUCCGUGAAAAAGUUAAAUGUUAAACUGUUAAAUGAUCAUCUCUUUCCUUUUGCGCAGGCAAGAAGCUGAAGAUUCCCCAUUUAUUCCCCCCCAACUCCCCCACAUCCCCUCCCCUUCUUUUUUUCUCUCCUCUCUCUUCUCCACGUUAAAAUAAACGUAAAUAAAUAAAUAAAAAUAAAUUAAAAAAAGGGGGCUAACGGAAGACGGAAGGAAUAACUUUUUUGUAUGAAAAGCUAAAUUUACAAUUAUUUUUCUAUGAGCACAGUUCACUUUGCUUUACAUUUCGUCAGUUGAUCACAUUUCAUGAAAAAAUGUUCUAAAAAAGAUUGAAAAUUCUUCCGUGUUCUUCCGUUGAGUUCUUCCGCUCAACUCUGCUGUAAACCUGACCGCGAGCUCGAUUUCAGUCAAAUGCAUCCCUAAGCAUUUUUGGAGUGGAAGGAUCUUUGGAGAAUUUGGCGGCAUUUGAGUAGGGCGAGGUUUGUUGUAGUGUUUAAAUGCGUGAGGACGUUCAGUUUAUUUUCUACGGUAACUCCAAGAUCUCUGAUUGAGUUGAGAAAAGAAUUAGCGCACCAGGCGACGAAACUAUCCAUGCACUUUUAGAGAACAGAAGGGUUGGCAGAAAGAAUCUUUAGGUCAUCCGCCACGUGCACUUGGGGCGGGAACCAUUGAAGUAAAUCAUUGAUAAAGACGCUUGCGGUACCCCAGAUACAGGUAUCCAAAAAUGUUUUCCCUCGCCCGCGUCCCAAUGGGGCUAUUCAGCGUAUGUUUGUUUUCCGUUGUUUUUCGUUUUUUACACCGCUGAAUUGGGUUUUUUGACGUAAAAAAACGAAAAAAAAACGGAAAAAAUCCUUUUUUCACAGCCUGAAUAACCCCACAACUCUUUGCAUACCUGCCCCUGAUAGAAUUCACAUGUUUUGGGAGCCAACUCCGAAAUUGACUAGUUUAGCUGGUUAGUUUUCGAUUCUCAAAGCGUUGUUUGCAGAAAAUGCCUCCAUUCGAAAAAGUGCUCGAUUUGGUGGUGCACCAAUUCGUGAACACCCAAAUAUCCGACUCUUUUGAGCCGAUUAUGCGGAUUCCGACGUCGGCGAUCAAAGUUUUCAUUGUGAAAAGGAUGAUAUUUCAGGUUGGGCCUCGGUUUCUCGGAAUUUUUUGCCAAUUUUUUUGCAGCUCCAAUCCUACACAAACAUCUCAAUUUCUUUGCACGAACAAUUGACCGAAUGCACUCGACACAACGACGAUUUGUCCUGGUUUCACGGCGGAAAGUCGAAAAUUGACGAGUCGGAAGAGAAAGAGGUACUUUUCGGAAUUGCCGCUCUCUAUUUAAAAUUUUGGAAAUUUUGACAGAAAGACACCACAUUCCAAGCCCAUUCACCGUUGAAACAGGCAAAAAAUGCGAAGAAGCGAGGAAUGCUGAAAUUGGAAUUGACGGACGGAGUGAACACGGUCAAAGCCAUCGAAACGGAGGAGAUUUUCGAGGAGAGCCAACUCAAAAAUGGGUGUAAAGUGGGGCUUUCUUUUACUUUUAAAAACGUGGAAAAGUAGGCAGAUUUUGCUUUCAAAGCUUCCGAAAGCUUCGAUGAGAGACGUUUCCAUGGCCUAACUUUCCGGCAUGGAAAUUGAGAAAAUGUCCAACCUUAGGUUACUGUAAAUACCGUAAUACUACUGUAAUCGGCAUCCACUUUUCACAGUCGCCUCACGAGACUUUAAAAACGUUAUCCUGAAAGUCUGGUCUCGAAAUUAUGAGAACUGAAACAGUAAUUCUACAGUACUUUCGUUAAGCACUUUUCUUUCCCCUGUAACUCUAACUUUUGCCGUUUCAGAUAAUGCUGAUCGGAAAAGUGAAAUGUCGUCGCGGGACCCUUUUUCUCGAAAAAUCGAAUUGUCUCGUGUUGGGCGGACAGAUCGACUCGUUACGCGUGGAAAAAGUGAAACAACUGUCGGCGGCGCUCAAAAUCGAUUUGGAAGCGGAGAAAAAACGGAAAACGUACUUGAAUCAUUUGUUUUCAGUUUAAUCAAACAUUUUUUCAGAGAAUCCAUCGAGAAAUCGGUGCAAAAAGACGGAAAGUCUGUCAAAAAACAGCUGGAAAAGUCCAAAAACGUGUCGCAGAAUCAAUCGACAAUCUCGCCGUUUUUAGUGAAAACCGAUCGGAAAACUGGUGAAGUUACGGUAUUUUUUCAAUUUUUGCAUUCUGGAAACGAUUCGUUCAUUUUAUAGAAUCCUCCGAAACCUCCGAAGAAGCCGGCACUUGCAGAGACGACAGAAAAUUGGGAAUUUUCUAUUGAAGGUCGGGAUAUUUUUAUAGUUUCUAGAUUAUUGCACGGUCUCCGAGGGCGCUAAUGCUAAACACAGUGCGCUCGUAAAUUGCAGAGUGUCGUUGCAACUUUUGAAAAUUUGCAGGUCUAAAAAUGCAGUUCAAUACGAGUUUACGGCAUUUAUUUAUUUCUUUUUGACUUGAAAAACGUCUAGAAAACAAUAUUUUACUGAUUGGAAACCGUUCUUUACAGAAUUUAGAGUUUUUCGUGUUUUUAGCGUCUUUUUUGCAUUUCGUCAAAACUUCAAACCUUUAUAUUUCAGCUCAUUUUGCAUUUCAUGAGCCCAACGAACGUUAAAAAUGUUCGCUGAAUCUUUCUUCACAAAAUUCAGGUUUCGGCGGUUGGUUUUCAUGAGCAGUUUUCGAAAACGAUUCGAAAAACAUCAAAAUCCAGGCCAAAACCUUCAAAUCGAAAUAACUCGGCUAAUUCUCAACGAUAUGCGAGAUUUCUGUUACCAAAACGUAGCUAGUGCUCUAAUUAUUCGAAUCCAGGUUCCAGGCGUACAAAAAAAUAGGUAUAGUGUACAGAAAACAUGGAAAGAACGCGAACUCCCGUUGAAAAUUAAUUAAUCGGCCGCCGCGUAAAUCGACACAGCCCGCCUGUUGCAAGUGCGCCCCAUUGAAAUCGUUCGCGCCGUGGGAGACCGUGAUAUUGCAAGUUUUUCGAAUACUUGGAAUGCGAACCAGAGAUGUGCGAGGCGACCGCAAUAUUGCAUCAUCGCUAACCAAAUCAGCGUCUCAAAGUGUUCAAUCAAUUGGACCGAGCACGAGGCUCACUCAAUCAAACAUUUUUUUCUCAUUUUCAGAAAUCCCGCCGCCGGCCCAAACUCCGACUCCAGAACCUUCGGAAUUUGUCGAAGAAUAUCAAGAUCCGAUCGAUGAAUUCAUUUGGGAUCCUCGAAAUAUUCCCAAGAAGUCUACAAAACGUGUGGAAAGUGUAGAACGGACGUUCAAUUCCACGUCGUCUUUCGAGCAAGGACCACACAAAAAAUUGGAGAAAUUUGAACUACCGCCAAAAAUUUCGGCGGCGAAACCGAUGAGAAAACAACUGCCCGAGGAGCUGCUGGAGGGUAAGAAAUUGCAGACAAAUUUGGAACGCUCUAGAAUACAUGUUUUGCAAUAGUUUCAGACGACGAAAUAAUUGAGGAUUCGCAAGAAGAUCCGCCGCCGCCGCAAUCGAAAAAAAUUGUGGAUAUCAGUAAGCGUUCCCAAAUUUUUCCGGAAUUUUAACGAAAUUCCAGAAAAUUCAGGAUCCGAAGAGGAAGAAGUGACGGCGGCGAAAAAGGCAAGGAAAGGCGACAAUUACGCGGCCGAGAGCAUUUUGCCGCCGUGUUUUAGGCCAGAGGUGGGCGGUUUUAAUUGAAAAAAUGCAGUUUUCUCGGCUUCCUCACUUCGAACAAGGUAGCAAACAAAUUGCCCGACGGCUUGCACAUUUUAGCACAAUUUUCAGAUUUUUUGCCAGCAGAGCGUUUGGGCACUCGAGUCUGCGCAUUGAUUUGAUGUACAUCCGCAUAUCAUGGAAGCUCUGCUUCCAAUUUCCGUCGCCCUUUCUAAAAAAAAAUCUGAGCAAGUACGGUAGAAAUGACGAGUCGCUCUUGAGGAGAUUCAUCCAUUUCUCUUCGAAUUUUCCGAUCGAUACGCCGUUUUUUGUGGAUGUUGCUUUAAUGAACCAAAACAUUUUGUCACAGGCCUGCCUGUCUGAAAAAAUGAUGACAAAAAUAUCUGGGGGCGAGAGAGAAAUACGAUUUGCGCGGUAGAGGCGCAGACGCACAAUACACUGAAAAUCCACUUGUUUCCAGAAAAUCGACGCCGCCGUGCGCGCUCAAAAAGCCGAAGAAUACCGUCAGAAAACGAUGAAUUCGUUUGCGAAAACGAUUCACGGACCGCGUUACGAUAAGGAUAAGCCGCGGGAAAAAGUGCAGAGAAUCAAGGUCCGUUUCCCUUUGAUCUUUAACAUUGCCUCGCUCGAUUUUUCAGCCAAAUCCCCCACAAAUUGAGCGAGAAAAAGCGGAGAAAAGUAGGCGGGCGCAUAUUUUGGAAGAGGAAAAAGAGGCGGAUGAAGAGGACGAGGAGGAGGAGGAGCUCAUGAUUGUCGAGGUAAAAAUAGAAAACGAAGAGAAAAUAGCUAAAGUUUUUCAGGAAAUUCUCUCGAAAAUGCAAGAAGAUCAGCGCCUGAAAUUACCGGAAAAGGUCCAAAAAUCGCUGUCGACGUCGUUCGAGGAGGAUUCGAAGAGCAUUCACGACGAGGAGUUGGAUGAUUCCAUUUGUACGAUAUUUUCCUUUUUUUUUCGAAGCCCCGCCCCGUUUUUUUUGCAGUGGAAUGCACAAUUGAGCAAGAAGGACGACUGGAGCUCCAACGAUGGGGUCUCGAGACGUCGCGGAAGAGGGACGCGCAGAAAACGGACGAAUUUGACGAUUUGACAAAAAGAGGAAGAGCCGAGGAUUACGGUAGAGUUUUGGGGCAUUCUUUUGAGGAGGAGAAAUGAUGAAAAGAGCUUGAAUUCCAGCACGAAUAGACGAGGAAGAGGACCGAAUUUAUAAAAGGUAGUUUGUCGUUUAACCAAUGAUCUUUUCAAAAUGGCAAUAAAGUUAUACUUUUUUGAAAGUCAAAAAAAUGUAGUCCAAAAAAGUCGCUUCAAUGUUUGCAGAUAUCCUCCGGUGCCUCAAAAUCAAUGGAAUCAUCACGGCUACAACAUCAAUUAUUUGUCGGCGGACAAUUCGCAACCACAGCAGAUUCCGCCUCAAAAGCACAUAAAAAUCGAGGAGAAUUUCGGGGAAAUUGAGCGGAAAAAGCAGCGAAAAGAAAUGAGCGAGAAGCGGGAGGAAAUCAAGAACAAACAGUCGACGAAUGUACAGAUUUAUAAGACGCCGUUCGCCAAACGGGUACAUUUUUUUUUGGAUUAGUAGUUUAGACACGACUUUUCACGGCACCCUAUGCUGGAAAUUGUAAUAGCUUUUUCAAAAAAUCUGAAAAAUUCCAGAUAAAACGCUAUCGAAUGAAUGUAAGAAAGUGUCACAAACUUUAAAUAAAGUCUUCACGCUUAGUUUUAGACGGAAAUAGACGUUCGAGCUCUUGAAAUAAUCCUAACACACUAGGCUAUCAGUCCUUGACAAAAAAUUCCUAACAGAUAGACUAGUUCUCUCGAAAAAUGACAAUAUCCGAAAUUCAGAUGAUAAUAGAGCUUUUUUCGAAGAACAGAUUAGUUGAAAAACAUUUUGAAACUCACAAGAUUUCACCUAGAACAACUAAAAACCCCUUUUUCUCCGGUGAUUUAUGGGGCUAUUCAGCGUAUGUUUGUUUUCCGUUUUUUUCGUUUUUUUGCACCGCUGAAUUGGGUUUUUUGACAAAAAAAAAACGAAAAAAACGGAAAAAAAAUCAUUUUUUUCACAUUAAAAAGCUAAUCACGCGCUAAUUAAUAAUUUCCGAUUACCAAUUUCCAACACAGUGCUUUUAGAGAAAAAUACGAAACAGAAAUUUUUCGGUAAGCCCUGAAACUAGUUCAAAAUCGUUACAGAUCCCAAGUACGGACCAGACCUCCUCAUUCACCGCCCAACUAUUCCAAAGAAUGGCCGAUUUGAAUAUUGUACCUCUCGGAGACGCGCUGAUUAAUCGCAAGUAUUGGAUGAUGUCCAAAAUUGUGAUUAUUAUGGUUGGCUUCAUUUUUUAGGCCGUUAGAAAUUGAAAAAAAACACGUUUUUUUUUAGCCGACAAUUUGCCAUCAGGUACACGAGCUGAAAUCCGACGGAAUCGAUUGGCAAUUGCAGGUAAUUGUAGGUCAAUUGGAGAAUUGUAAUUGUCCCCAUAAAACGCCAAUAUAAGUAUGCUAUACAACGAGUAAACAUUGUUUGAAAAAUCGCAAGAAUGUUUAGUGAAACAGGAAAAAAAUGUGUUUCUUUUUUCUUCCAGAUGCGGAUAAGCGAUACGAGUGCUUCGGACGUGACGUGUCUCGUGGCGACGGACCUUCUCAACCGCAUUUUUGGAUUUUCGGUCCAACAGUGUAAAGUAGGGAUUUUUUUUAGUGACGUUUUGCAAUAAAUUGAAUUUCAGAACCUCUUCAACGCCAAACAAUUCAACGAGUUACGGGUGAAAAAAAUCGAGGCGGAACGGGUAAAAAGCACAUUGUUAGGCUGAAAAAUCUAGUAAAAAUUCCAGAAGUUGCAAGGAUUCAAGCGACUCGACCUGCUCGUCUGGAUCGAAAUUUCGCCGGAUCCGCAAAAGUUGGCCAUGAUUUUAGACGUGAAAACGCUUUCGGACGCCCUGAAUAUAUUGUGA